UUCUGAGAUAUUGUACACAUGAUGGGUAUCUUCGUAGCUCAAGUUAAAUGUGUUUAUACUGUUUUUCUUUUAAGAUAUAGCUUAUACAGAAUUAUUGUAAAAUGAAAAAAAAUAUAUGUUGAAAAAACGUAGGGUUGUAUUCUUCUAAGACUAAGAGUAUAACUAUUUUUCAUAUGAAUGAACAUAUAAAGAUGGCAGCGUCCAAUAGGCGAGUCCUUUCUGAACGGACUUGAUUCAGUUUGAAUUAUAUGGAUAUAUUAAAAUUUAAAGAACAGAAUUAAUCUUAUACGUGAACUCACUACGUUCGCCGCUUUCAGUUUAAACGCUAGGAAUUGACAUGCUGUGAGUUAUGGUGUUAGAAUUAGGUGUAAACUGUAAAGCUUUUGAACUUAAACGAUCAAACUCAAACAAAGUGGCAAUGACACUGUCACACUCACGCUUGGUCACGGUGUAACUGUAAGUGUUACUAAAUAAAAGUUUGGAAACGGCUUGACUGGAUGAUGAAAACUUUAUUAUAAUAUAAAUCUACGAUGUUUCGACAAGAUUAUGUCAUCCUCAGGUACUGACAGUGACAUUGUUACUGCUACUAUGUGAUUGUCAUGGUAACCGGACAAUUAGACACUUAAAAAAAAAAAAUGAGGAAGUAAUUCAUUUAGACACCUAAUAAUUUUAGAGGAGGGUGUUAAAACUUCGCAACAUACUUAAUAGAAGAACUUGCUGAUUUGCAACAUAUUUUUCCAGUUGUAUGGUGUCUAGUUGGCCAGUUACUAUGCUGGUAGUAACAUAAACCUAGAUCUAUGUAGCUAUUGUAGGUCAAAUAAUUGAGUAGAUUUAAAAUUUUAAUAAAAUAGGCCUAGAUCUAUACAGUUCGUAUAAUGGAGUAAAUCAACUCGUACCAGUUUAAUUUACUCCAUUAUAUGAACUGUAUAUAUCUAGGCCUAUUUUAUUAAAAUUGUAAAUCUACUCCAUCAUUUAACCUACGUAGAUCGAGGUUUAUUAGUAGUAGGCCUAGGUCAGGGGUCGGCAACCCUUCAAAGAAAAAAGAACCAUUUUUUUGCUUUUGUCUAAGACCAAAACAUUUCAAGAACCACAAUAUACCCUAAUGGAUUUACAACACUAAAAUCAGGAGUUGGUGGACACAGCAGAUAGCCCGAGAGCUGCACAAAUAUCCUUAAUCAGCCGCAGGUUGCUGACCCCUGGUCUAGAUAUAUACAUAUACAAGUCAUAUAAUGGAGAAAAUUAUUUUAAUUAUUGUUUUAUUUUAUAAUAAACAAGUUGUGUCUGCAUGUCCUACUUCAUCAUUUUUUGAGGUGUAUAGUUAUCCAAUAUCUAAUUGUCCAGUUUAUAGUUAUCCUGGAUUUGAUUGUCAUAUUCCAACUGGCCUGGAAAGCUAUGGUGUUGGGAGAAGGGCCUUAUUGGUACUAGAUUUUGUAGAUGUAUAGUACAGUGGAAGCUCAAUUAAUGGGCACCUUACUAUUAAGGGCACACCUUUUCAGUCACUUUCUUUAUUCUACUAUUCGUAACCAAAAUAAAUCUUGCAAUAACAGGCACUGCAAUAUUCUGGAUUAAGGGCAGUGUCUUUAGUCUCAUUCUCUAUAUAGGCACUAGAUAAAGUGAGCAGUUAUUUUUGUAUGGUAUAUCGCUAAAUUCCAAACAUCCCAGAAGGAUGACCAGUAUUCAAACACUUGCAAUGUUUAUUGGUUCUGCUCUGAACCAUAUACUAUAAUAAAUGUUUUCACAGAUUCAAAGUGCAAUCUUAUUACUCUGGGGAAUUCUUGUUGUAAACACUGUAGGAUACAUAAACUGAUAAAUUCUACAUUGUGUUCUUGAAGCAGAAGUCGAGUCGGAUUAUUUCUGUCCUCAUGCUUUGUUGCUCCCAAUAGUAUCGUAUUGCAGUGUCAUGUAAACAGUCUAAUGACACAGUCGGUGAUUUGUUGCUUUAUUUUCAGUGGAUUUGUACUUCAGUCAUUGAUAGUAAAAUAAACACAGAAAAUAAAUGUGAAGUGUUUAGCAGUUCAAACUCGGAAGAGACAUACUUUGAAACUUUUUUUGAUCAAUAAUACAGAAAAAGGGCACAGCUAAUCCAACCCCAGAGAUCUCCAGUUGACAACAAUCCAUGUUAUGGCAACAUGCAACUCAUGAACACCCAUGUCCUGCAUACACCAAACAAAAUGGAGGUCUUAAAAUUCAUAGAUUUAGUACGGUUGAUAUGGAGUCCAGCUUUGUGCGACCUUACUAUAUAGUGUAUUUGAAGGCAGUUGGAAGGGUGCCCUUAAUGUCAAGGUUCUACUGCAGUUGAUAUAUAAUUACAAAUUUGUAUUUCACUUUCAGUGUAAACCAAGACCUUAUUAACACUCUUAUUUUAAGCAUACAACAUUAGUGUUAGGAUUUUUGUUUACAUACAUAACAUAUAGACAACAUGGGACCAUUUGGUAUCCAUAAAGGUUGUGCUUGUGUGCUCAAUCUGUGGAAAAGUAAAAUUAAACAUUUCCACCUACCUUUUAUUUUUUAUUAAUUUAUCAAUCUCCCUAUUAAAUAUACUCUUGCAAUAUGACAGCCUUGAAUACCACCAAUGGCAACUCAUUUCAUAAAUUAAUCACCCUGCUCCAAAAUUUAAACUUUUGUCCUCUUAUACUAGGAAAUAGCACACAGAAAUCAAUUUCCUUUGACCUAUCAGUCCUUUGGAUAAUUUUGUACACUUAAAUAAGAAUACCUCUUACCACUUUUCUCUCAAAAUAAAAUAUUUUUAGCUAUUCUUAAGAUAACACAUUUUUGGAUCAGCCAAGAAAAUUACAGCAGUAGUUUGGAUAAAGAUAAUUAGGUUUUAACGUAGUUGAGUAAGAGGAUGCAAAAGAUUGUUAUUAAUGGAGUCCAUUCAACCUGGACUCUUGUAAUUAGUGGAGUACCUUAAAGGUCAGAGCUUGGACCUUUGAUUUUUUAUUAUUCUCUUUAAUGAUAUUUAUAAAGGCAUAAUUAGUAAAGUUUGCUGAUGACAUUAAACUAUUGAGUAUUUCUAGUUAAGUAUGAUGAGAUACUACAGAAUGACUUGGAUAAAUUAGCAAGUUAGAAACAACCUUAUAUUACAGCAAUUGUAAUGUAUUUGGAUAAUCCUAAUUUUGAGCUCAGUUUUAAAAUAGAUGAGAACCCACUUAAUACCAUGACAUAUGAAAAUGAGUGAUGUUGUUGUGGAUAAAUCAGUCAAGACCUCAAGAUAGAGCUUUGUUGCUAGUCAUAAAGCUAAUGGUAUUAAUAAGGUUAUAUAUAUAUAGACAUACUGAUUAUUAGUCAAAAGGGAUAAUUACCUGUAUGGGCAUCACUAGUUAUUCCUUACUUGGAAUGCUGUUUAUUAUUCUGGUCUCUUUAGCUAAGCAAGGAUAAUUAUUUAGUGGCAAGUGUUCAGAGAAGGGGUACUAGGGUGCUUAUUGAAGUUCACUGUAUUAUUUGGGGGGGAAUCAGUAGGAUAAAGACAUCUGAUUUCUUUGUGGUAUAUUUUAAGGACAACAGAAUGAGAGGACAUAAGUUUAAGAUUUAGAAAAACAGGAAAUAAUCCAGUUAAGAUGGUUUUAAUUGAUUGUUGCUGUCUGCAGUUACUUAAUGUAGGAUGGCACAAGAGUUUAAGAGGGGAAUUGAUGAGUUCAUGAAAAAUAUAGGGUGGGUUUGAAUUUUUCUAUUUUCUCUAGGAUGAGGGUGGAAGGAUAGACUUGAAGGACCAAAUGGUCCUUUGUUGUUCAUGUAUUAUUAAUGAAAGUGAAAGUAAAGAAGAAUGUACAAGUUUAUAAUAAUAUGGUAACCACUCUAUAAUGCCAACAACUUUUUGUCUAAUACCUUGGGUCAUCAGGCUGUCUUGGAUACAACAGACACUUGAAUAAGGAAGGACAUUGACUUGUUGGAAAUGGUUAAGAGGAGGACUACUAGGAUAAUACCUGACAUAAAAAGGUUGUCAUAUGAGGACAAGUUAAGAUCUCUGAAAUUUUCUCUUGAAAAAAGAAGAAAGAGGAACUGAUUGAGGCUAACUGCAGGGUUCAGAUAAACAUGAAGAGGUUGACAUUGAUGUAACUAUGGAAGUACUAGAGAUAAAAGUUGAACCAUUGUUUGAUGAGGAACAGAGUGCUUUGGUGAAUAUCAAGCAGCUGAAAAAUGAAGAAGAAACUUUUACAUCAACCACUACAGCUGGAGAAGCUGUUUCUUUAGAAGAAGGAUCUUCACAUUUCAUUGUUGGGAAAGAGCAAGAGAAUAAUCCUGAUCAAGUGUUGGGAGAGAAUGAGAACAUAUUUGUCAGAGUGAAAACUGAACAGCCUGAUGACUUACAACAAGAUGACAUUACUUCCCAAUUCAGUGAGAGUGAUGAUGACAAUGUUCUAGACAUUGCAAAACAUGAUAUUACAAGUGUGACGAACGAAAAUGAAUUUCAAAAAGAAUUACAACAUACUGAUUCUAUGUUAGAAGGUACAUCAGUUGCUGAAAUGGAUGUUGAAAGUGACAUUGAUUGGGAUGAAAUUGAAAACAACUUUUCUGGAAGUGAAACUACUGUCUCAGAACAGAGUAGUUUAGACAGUGACAAUAAUGAUGCUGACUUAUUACAAUCUCGGGUAUGGUGCAAAGUAGACACUACCAGACAACUUUCCCCUUCUCCAUCUAGGUUCCAAUUUUGUGGUGCUUCUUCACUGAAUAUCAAUAUUGACCCUAAUGGAGACAUUUUGCAGUUUUUCAAUAUUUUUUUUGAUGAUGUAUUAGUAGAUAUGAUAACAACAGAAACAAACCGUUAUGCAGCUCAGUGUCUCCAAGCACACCAAAGUAAGUUUUGUCAAUCUCACUGCAGUCAGUGGCAUCACACAACAAGUAAUGAGAUGCGCACAUUUCUUGCCAUCAUAAUUUUACAGGGUAUUGUGUGUAAACCUGAACAGCAACUUUUUUGGUCCAAGAAUCCUCUUAUUACCACACCUUUUUUCCCCAAAAUUAUGUCUUACCGAAGGUUUGUAAUGUUGAAACAAUAUCUUCAUUUCUCUGACAGUGGUACUUAUGAUCCAGAAAAUCACCCCAGUCCAAAGCUAAAUAAGAUAUGGCCAGUUUUUGAGUAUCUAAAUGAGAAAUUCAAGAAAGUGUAUACACCAGACAGAGAUAUUACCAUUAACGACAGUCUCAUGCUGUUCAAAGAACGACUUGGUUGGAUGCAGUACAUUCUUCUAGAAAGGAUCAGGUUUGGUUUCAAGACAUUUAUGCUUUGUGAAUCAAAGUCAGGAUACAUCUGGUCAAGUUUAAUUUACACAGGAAAAGCGGCAGUUGUUGAUGAAGAUUAUAAAGAGCUUCCUAUAUCUUCACAGAUUGUGAUGUCAUUAUUGAAACCUUUACUGAACAAGGGCUACUGCCUAACAACAGACAGUUUUUACACUUGCCCACAACUAGCAGACAUACUUAUUUCUCACACCACUGACACAUAUGGGACAGUAAAACUUGUAAGAAAAGAAAUGCCUCCAAACUUGAAGAUGAAAAAAUUGAAAAAAGGAGAAAUCAUGGCAUAUCAGCGUGGAAAGGUCACUGUCAUGCACUGGAAGGAUAAAAAAGAUGUAAUCCUGCUUUCAACUGUUCAUAAUGCUGAAAUGGUUGAUGUUGAGAAAAGAGGAGAACUGAAGAAGCCAAAAGUAGUCAUUGAUUACAAUGACUCUAUGGGUGUCGUCGACAAAGUUGAUCAACAUUUAUCUCACUAUUCCAUCCCAAGAAUGCAGGGAAAGAAGUAUUACAAAAAAGUAUUCUUCCACCUUUUAGAACAAGCAUUUUGGAAUUCAUAUGUUUUGUAUUCAAAAACAGGAGGCCAAAGGAAACACUUGGAAUACAGAAUCGUGGUGAUUGAAAAGAUGAUAGAAAAAUACCAUUUACCCCAAUUCUCUUCAAAAGGUGUGCGUCCAGGGACAACCCCAAAUCCACUUCGCCUGACAGAACGCCACUUCCCUGACAUUAUACCAGCCACAGAAAAGAAGACUAACCCAACAAGACAGUGUGCAGUAUGUAGUACUCAGAGGGAUUCCAAAGGAAAGAGAGUUAGACGAGAAAGUAGAUACUACUGUCCAGAUUGUGAUGUCGGACUUUGUGUUGCACCUUGUUUCAGAGUGUACCAUACAAAGGCAGAUUUUUAGAAAGGGGCAUCUUACUUACUAACAAUUAAUAUCCAACUUACAUGGCCAAAUGUUGUGACAAGCCAUUUCCAGGUUAUUGUACUUCAAC